AUGUCUUUCAAGAAGGCAGAAGAAUACAAGAAAGCAAAUAAUUUCCAUGUUAAGUUCACAAAAGUUCUCAUGAAUGAAUUUUCUGGGUGGUUAAAUUGGCGUGCAGAUGGAAGGGAUUCAGUGCUGGAUGUUGGGAGUGGUCCUGGGAAUACAGUUCGUGAGUCAAUUUACCCCCUUUUGCCGCCCAACUUCACCCGUCUCGUCCUUUCGGACAUUUCCCCCCAAAUGGUUGAGCUGCAACGCAAAGAAUUUUCUGGCUUUGAGCGAGUUUCCUGCGAAGUUAUUGACAUUGGCAGUGAGAUCAGCGAUGAAAUGAAGAAGAAGUUGGGCAACUUUGACCACGUGACGUCUUUCUUCUGCCUCAUGUGGGUGGCUGAUCAGCAACGGGCCAUGGAUAACAUCUUUGAGCUCCUCAAACCAGGCGGGGAUUCCUUUUUGGUUAUUGUGGCGGAUGGCCCAUUUGUCGAUACUUUGGUGUCAAUUUGUGAAAAGCCCCGUUGGAAGGAUUGCUUUACAGGAUGGCGAGAUUUUUAUGCUUUUCCCUACAUUGAGCUCGAUGGAGCCAUGAGCAAAGGUCUUGGAUUUAUGGAGAAUGCAGGAUUCAUUGACACAAAAGCUGAGCUCAGAUACAACAGUAUUCAAUUUGCCAAUGAUGAGCAGAAGGAGAAUUUCUUGAGGUCAAUGCCAAAUAAAUUCUCCAAAGAAGUUUCUGCAGAAGAAGAGGAAGAAAUAUUCCAGGACCGUCUUAAAUUUGUUGAUAAAUUCAAUUUUGGAAACUAUCGAGAUAACAGUGGAAGAAUUAUCAAGCCAUCUGCUUAUCUUAUCUUGUAUGGUAAGAAACCUUUAGGAUCUGAUUAA